CCAGACACGCCCCAUGGAAAUCGCUCCAGGGAUCCGUCACUGAACUUAGUCUUGAGCACCGCUGGCCAGGUCUGUGCGACAGGUCCCAAUUCCCCGCCCGAGUAGGGUCGCGCUGGGCUCCCUCCGCGGUCUCCACCUGUGCUUUGGAAUGUUCCAGAGGGUCAGUUUCCUUUGCGGGUGAAUUCUGCGCCCAGCACCUCUCCUCUGCCUCCUCCCUCCCCGCCGUCCCGACACCCCGGGUCGUUCUGUCCCCGCCGCACUCUCAUCGCCCCCGCGCACCCCUGCGCAGCCUCCCCGCCCGGCGCCGCUGCCCUGGGGCUUUCGGCGCCCGGGAGUCAGGGCCCCGCUGCGUCCUCCCCGCCGCGAGCCGAGUCCUCCGGAAUCCCCGGGGACAUGAGUCUCUACGCUGUCCCCCGCCGCCCCACGGGCGCCUUUGCGGCGCUGGGGCUCGGUAGCCUCCUGGUGCUGCUCGGGCCGGGACGCGCGUGCCCCACGGGCUGUGCCUGCACUGACCCCCACACGGUGGACUGUCGCGAUCGCGGGCUUCCUAGCGUGCCCGAUCCCUUCCCGCUGGACGUGCGCAAGCUGCUAGUGGCCGGCAACCGCAUCCAGCAGAUCCCCGAGGACUUCUUCAUCUUCCAUGGAGAUCUGGUAUAUCUGGAUUUCAGGAACAACUCGCUGCGCUCGCUGGAGGAGGGCACGUUCAGCGGCUCGGCCAAGCUGGCCUUCCUGGACCUGAGCUACAACAACCUCACCCAGCUGGGUGCCGGCGCCUUCCGCUCGGCGGGGAGGCUGGUCAAGCUAAGCCUGGCCAACAAUAACCUGGCCGGUGUACACGAGGCCGCCUUCGAGAGCCUGGAGUCCUUGCAGGUGCUGGAACUCAACGGCAACAACCUGCGCAGCCUCAACGUGGCGGCUUUGGAUGCGCUGCCGGCGCUGCGCACUGUGCGCCUGGACGGGAACCCCUGGCUGUGCGACUGUGAUUUCGCUCACCUCUUCUCCUGGAUUCAGGAGAACGCAUCCAAACUGCCCAAAGGCCUCGAUGCCAUCCAGUGCUCACUGCCCAUGGAGGAGCGGAGGGUGGCCCUGAGGGAGCUGUCCGAAGCCAGUUUCAGCGAGUGUAAGUUCAGCCUGUCUCUCACAGACCUAUUCAUCAUCAUCUUCUCUGGGGUGGCUGUCUCCGUUGCUGCCAUCAUCUCCAGCUUCUUCCUGGCCACUGUGGUGCAGUGUUUCCAGAGGUGCGCCCCUAACAAGGACACGGAGGAUGAGGAUGAUGACGAAGAUGACUGAGCCUCCUCCUCCUCCUCCUCUUUGCUUUCCCACACUCAACCAGUGGCGCCUCUCCAAGGGAGACUGAUGCUGAAGACAGAUGCAUCACAUCACUCCAAGCAGAAAACGGGAUGGAGCUUGCCUAGAUGCACCUGCUGGGACAGCCAUUCCCAGAGCAUAGAAUCAGCAGAGUAGAGACGCAGGAAGGAUGGAGAGAUUCACUCUUAGGCAGAGCCUGCCUCCCAGGCUGGGGGUGGGGGGGGACUCCUGUGUGUGAAGAUAAUCAAGUCAGGCUUCAUGGCUUACAGCUUUACAACCCUCCCGUGCCGAAGAGAGAUCUCACAGCUUCUGACCUCAGAGGUGUUUGUGCCGUUCUUAUUACAAGCUGCACUAUGGACCACGAACCAUCUUCCCCCUAAAAAGACAGUAGUGUUCUCAGUGUAGAUUCAAGUCAAGCUCAUUCUCCGUGGGAACAGGAAUCCUUUUCUUCUAUAGAAGAUCCCUAGCGGCCUUGGGCUGUUAGACCAAGAACAAACAAAUGUAUUUGCAAUAGACAACGUCUGUCUCCCCUGUGUGGCUGUGUUGAUACCUCACACCCAACGUGUUGAACGUCGCUUGAUGGGAAAUGACCUGAGCCAGCAGCACCAAGCUGGUGGGCUGGGGGCUGAGACCUGAGGCGGAAGCUCACAAGAAGUCCCUGGGGGCGUUUCAAGGUCCCACUCCUUCAGGGUGUUUUGAAGAGGUCCCUUUGGCUAUGAUUGGGUCAUGAGAAUGGAGUCAUCCUCAGUGCAUUUAGCGCCCUUAUAAUUCAGACUUUGGAAACCUCCCUGCCCCUUCUACAGGGUGAGGACCCAGUGAGCAGGUCUAUGAACCAGGAAGGGGGUCUCUCACAGGAAUUCAACCAUACUGAUGGCCCGGCCUCCACCUUCAAGCCUCCCAAACUGAGAGGAAUAAAUGUUAUUUAUAAACCCUCGUGUCUGUAAUUUUUUUUGGGAGGGAGAGGAAUAACAGCUCAAGGAUACUAGGACACCAUCCCAUCUUUAGCUGAAAUGUUGCCAAAAAGUAAAAGCUUAGACCUUGU